AUGACGACGCUUUCUCCCGACGUUCGCGAUUCGACCCUCAGGUCCUUGAAGCUGCACUGCCCAUCUGCCGAGGGACUUCCCUCCGAGCCUUCGCCCGUCUCGCCGACCAUGGACCCAAAUCCCUUCGAACACGCAGACACAGAAUGGUCAGAUGAGGAGGAACUGAUACCCAGACGGAGGCGAAGGACACAAUAUGUGCCUCCGCCUGUCAAGGUCACACGGGGAGCAGACACUUCUUCCGAGGGCUCGUCUGAGCUGAGUCCGGAGCGAUUCAGCAAGAGCGGCAGCCCGCUUAUCCCUCCCAAGAGCCCCUCGCGACCAGAUGUGAGGCCUGGAGGUAGCCAAGACGACCUAGUGCAGCGCUUCUACCAGGUCACGCGCGAGAGAGAUGCACUGAGGAAGGAGCUUCAAAGGAAGAGCAUGGGACCAAAUGGCAUCCCAGCGCGAGACUCGACCGUGUUCAAAUCAGAAGAGAAGACACUCAUCGAAGAACUGCAGGCGUUGCGAUACGAGAUACGAGUGUGGAGCGAGGAAUACUUCAGCGGUCCUACCAGCUCGCGAAGUAAGCGCCCGCACUUCCACGCAGCGAAAGACUUGUUCGGUGGGUUGACGGACAACUACGCUAUAUAUCUGAAACAUCCAGACGACCGGCCCCUCCUUGUGCAAGCCUAUAUAUGGUCCACGCUCCAGAAGAAAAUCUUCAACAACUUUCAGAAGGGUAGCGGCUAUGUCUGGGCAGGCAAGCUGGGCGACAAGAAGCUUCGACCGAUCAAUGACACUCUACGGAAAGCUGUAAGGAACGAGGCACAAGCCGAAGAAUACCACCAAUGGCGUUCAUUGACCGUGAACCUACUCGUACCACAGGAAGAUGGGAAGUGGCGCCCAACGUUCGAUGCCGCCCCUGUUCUGAAGAGAAUAUCCCGCAUCUGCAGCCGUAUGCGACGAAAGCUGCGGCCAUAUUCUACUCGAUCGCUCCGCGACAGCAAGGAACAACUCAGCACCAUCAUCUCCGCAUCUGUCGCACUCGAUCUGAAGAUGAAGCGCCAGCGCGCCGACUAUCGGUUCGUUACAUUUACAGGUGGGAAGCCAAACCAAUUCUGGGGCUAUGGCUUCUACGACAGCGAGAUGGAAGACGUAUAUGAGGACAGUGAAGAUAGCGAAAGUGGUGAAAGAGGUUACGAAGACCGCCAAAGUGUCAAAGGUAGAAGAGUUGAGCUAGCGCUGGCGCCAGCUCUAGAAAGAUGUGGUAAUGCGAAUGGGCACGUUUUCGACCAGAGCUUCAUCUUGGUCAAGGCGGACGUGAGCUGUAAGAGGCUGCAAAAGGCGGAGAGACCAGUGAGAGCAAAGACAAGUUCGAGGACAGGGAGCAAGAGCUUCGGGGGCAUGUGGCAUAGAGGUUCGUGA